UGUCAUGUUUGUGUCUCAGCCAGUCAGAAAACCGGCUGCUUGGUCUCUUACUCACAGAUGAAAAAAAAGUAACUUCAGCCAGGUGAGAACUGGAUAAUCCCUGGAAGGAUAACCUGGUUUUAAAAGUUGCACUUCUACCAAGAAGCUGGUCUCUGACUGAAGAACACAAGUUGUUUUCUGUGAGAUAAUCUGAAUUCAGCUAUUCCACAAUGACAAAAGGUGCAACCUCUUACCUGCACCAGGAUCCCUAAUAGAAUGACUCAGUCAGGAGAGACAUGGAACUUCCUGAGCUGCCAGAGGCUGGGAGUGCUGCAGAAUCCCUAGGAAAAGGGAGUGCUUUUUCCUUCUACUUCCUCUCCUAUCUCCCAAAUUGGGCAUCAGAAUUGCUAAACUAGCCGGAUGGGGGAAUACAAGAAUUUCAGAAAAGAUGCACACCUCUACCCCAAAAUCUCCAAUUAAUGUAGUAGAUCUAAGGUCAUUGGACAUUGCACAGGACUGGUAUCCAGCUGGGGUCCUCUCUCUCUCCACCCCAAAUUCUUCAUCCAAGAUUCAGGGGUUUAGCAUUUGUCUCUUUAAAGACCCCACUCUUUGCUACAAUGCUGACAAGAAGGGGUCAUAACACCAACUCUAUUUUUAAUUGUUUGUGUCAACAUGGAAGCUAAAACAAGCCAUUUGGUCACUCGUUUUACAUUUUAUUGAAAUAAAUGACAUGAUGUUACCAAUUUGAGGUUUCAUGAGGAAGAGGGGAUCCUUGUUAUCUCCCUGUAAAAUCAAGCAACCCCUCCAAACUUUUAACAUGUGAAUCAGCUAAAGCAAACUACCCUGAAGUUUGAUCUUUUUCUACCAAUCUUCCCAUCCCUUAGGUGUGAGCUAGAGCAGACAAGGAGGCACACUUCCUUGCUUUCCCUCUGCCACUUUCUUCCUGCGAGUCUCCAUUCAGUUCCCCGUGGGAAGUUCCCUUUUCUCCAUUAUGAUUCCACUUUAUGGGAGGGUUAUUCUCAUUCUCUGUUUCUUAGACCUUGUCCUGUAGACGGGAACGGGGGAAGGAGCCCAGACGUGGCAACACAUUCUCAGGCUCCUGCAGGACCACCAUGGCUUAUGAUGACUCCAAGAAAAAAGAAGAGUGCUUAGAGGGUGACCGAAGCAUUGACGACGUGGGGCUGGCAGCAGGUAGAACCCAGCGAGAGAAAAAACGCUCUUACAAGGAUCUGCUGCGGGAAGAGGAGGAAAUAGCAGCUCAGGACAGCGACCUCUUCUUCUUGGGGACAGAAUCUCAUAAGAAGAAGAGGAAGCAUUCCUCUGAUGAGUUCUUCUACGGAGACCUUUCACCUCUGGAGUUGCCAUCAAAGAAGAAGAAAAGAGCAGUCUCAAGCCCAACCUCUUCUGACACGGCCAUGGAUCUUCUUAAGGCUAUCACCUCACCCCUUGCCACGGGCUCCAAGCCCUCAAAAAAGACAGCUGAAAAAUCAUCCUUCUCUUCCUUUGCUGCCACUGGCUAUUCAGAGAGCAAGAAGGAGCACCAUAAGAAGAAACUGAGUGGUAGCAGUGGAGAGCUCGCACUGGAUGAUGGUAGCUUCCACAAAUCCAAAAAGAUGAAGCCACUCUAUGUAAACACAGAGACACUGACCCUGCGUGAGCCUGAUGGCUUGAAGAUGAAGCUCAUCCUUUCACCUAAAGAGAAGGGGGGCAGCACAGUAGACGAGGAGUCAUUCCCAUACUCCUCACCACCAGCAGCAGCAAAAAAAUCCUCCAAGAAAUCAGGUCGAGAUGAACAAGGCUCAUUCCUCCUGGGUCAUGAACUUCAAAGCUUCCUGAAAUCUGCUCGGAAGAAGCACAAGCCACUGCCAGACGCACAUCCACCUCCAAUCCCCGAGGGAUUUGUCCCUGACACCUCCCUGUUCUCAGAAGCUCAUGGGAGUGAAUAUGACCUUUCAAGUAUGGAGCCACCACUGGAAUCAGGUUCAUCAUCUGGUGGGGAGUUGGAGGCCGGAGAGCUGGUGAUAGAUGACUCCUACCGGGAGAUCAAGAAGAAGAAGAAGUCAAAGAAAAGCAAGAAAAAAAAGGACAAGGAGAAACACAAGGAGAAGAAGCACUCUAAGUCUAAGAAGAGUUCUGGACUCCCUGCCUCUGUAGCAGUAGCUGAAGUUAUGGUGACACCACCGCCACCCCCUCCACCCAGCACUCCAUUUGUCCUUCCUGUGCCUCCCCCCCCACCUCCUGUUUUCCACACUGAUGGACAAAGUGAGAAGAAAAAGAAAAAAGAAGAGAAGGACAAGGAAAAAGCUGAGAAAGCAGAAAAGGAUAAAGAAAAGCCAAAGAAGAAGAACAUGUCUGCCUACCAAGUGUUCUGUAAGGAAUAUCGAGUGACUAUUGUGGCUGAGCAUCCAGGGAUAGAUUUUGGGGAGUUGAGCAAAAAACUGGCAGAAGUGUGGAAGCAGCUGCCUGAAAAGGAUAAACUGGUUUGGAAGCAGAAAGCUCAAUAUCUGCAGCAUAAGCAGAAUAAAGCAGAGGCCACAACAGUGAAGAGGAAGGCAGCUUCAUCAGAGGGUGCCCCAAAAGUGAAAGCUUCCCCAGCAGGUAUGCUUUCACCUCAUAAGAAGUCCCCUUCCAGCACUGUGGUGUUAUCCUCCUCACCAGCCAAAGCCCCUGAUACAGAUCCCAUUGAUGUAGCUGCACAUCUACAGUUGCUGGGUGAAUCUCUGAGUCUCAUUGGACACCGACUGCAAGAGACAGAGGGGAUGGUGGCUGUAUCAGGAAGUUUGUCAGUACUUCUAGAUUCUAUUAUCUGUGCCCUGGGCCCUUUAGCAUGCCUGACCACACAACUACCUGAGCUGAAUGGCUGCCCUAAGCAAGUUCUGUCAAAUACACUAGACAACAUCGCCUACAUCAUGCCUGGACUCUGACAGGAAAGGACCCUGGGAUGAACCUGCUUCCACGUUACCGACUUGUGUACAUAGGCGCUAUACCGGCACUCUCUAAGGGCUCCGUGUGUAGGGUUUUAAAGUUUUAUAUCUGUAUAGUAUAUACAUAGGAUUGUAACUAUUUUACUUUUAUUAAUUUUAUGAAAAGUUGUGACAUAAGCUGAGCAAAUCCUUUCCUGUUGGUGGGAGAGACCUACUCAAUGUAUUCUCCAGUCAGAAGGUUUUUGCGUGGUUGGAGUUCAUAAAACUUUUGAUAUAUCAGCCUUAAAUUCAAAGAAGCCUUUUUGGGGAAUUGGCCUGAGCACAGACUGUCUGUUAAUGGACAAGUGCACAGGCUUGUUCAUUUUGGACCAAGCAAUACUGCUGGACUCAUCACCACACCUGUUUCUAACUUUAUUGAAAUGCACUGCUUUGGGGGAGGACUGGAUGGCUGUCAGAAGAAAGAGGCUUUGACCUCUAGGUCAUUUCUUCCAACUCCCAGGUCAUUAGUGUUACUGUCUGCUGACUGGCUGGUAGCUUGUGUUAAAAUAGUUGUGGAGAUGGUGAAGAAUCUGUACUCUUCUAGUGGACUUGUACCUACAUCAUCAUCAACACUAGAUGCCAACCUCAGAAAAGGGCCAAAGAUUGAAUGGACUGAGGAGAAUGAACCACCCUCUUAAUUCCUUCAGAUCAGGGCUGUACCACCCUGAUGGGGAUGAGAGGGCAAUAGGUGGGAGAAACUUGCACUGCCUCUGCCCAUCUGUACCUGUUUUGUGGGAAGAGGACUUUGUUUCUAAGAGUGUUGAUCCUAUUUCACCAGCAGUAUUGAAAAAGAGUUAUGGAAUCCUGGUGCUGCCGGAUUAUCUAGAGACAGUGCUUAAUGUUAAAGAUCGAAGAGAUUCUUGCUGAGUGGAACAUGGGUUGGGUGGCCAGAUCCCACCUGAGCGCCUUCUCCUCUAAAGUGAGCUGCAGGAAAGCAUUUGAUUCUCACAUAGGUGUGCGUGUGUAUGUGUGGUGUAUUUAACUUUUGCCAAUAUCUGUAAUAGAUUUUAAUUUAUCCUGUAUAUUUCUGUAUAUAUAUAUGUGUGUGUGUGUGUGUAUAUAUAUAUAUAUAUAUAUAUAAAAUUUAAAAACAAAAUAGCUUUCCCUCCACCAAUCGUUUGUGGAAAAUAUGAAUCAGCUGUGCUCACCCCCCACCCUACAGGAAUUAGCUGCUCCUGUUGUAGCAGGCAUAGACUCUGCAAGAGGGAAUAGCAACAACAGGAUGUUAAGCCCUUUUGAAGAACAGUGUGUCCAGGGAUGUUGGGUGGAAGCUGAAAUGGAGACCUGUUUAUUCUGGCCCCAGCCUCCCCAUCCCUUAUAAUUUAUAGGUUUUAAAGUAGCAGAAGGAGGACACUUUUGCUUCUGUUUUGAAUUCUGGAUUCUCUUUUCCGUGGCAGUUGGAAGUGAGCUGUAUCUCAAUAUGGCUGAGCUCUAAAUCUGUCACAAUUAAGCAAAUCCUUGGAUGUGUAGAGGGAAGCUUCCACCCAAUCCCCUCUACUGUGUAUUUCCCCAGCUGCACGUACAUGGUAAAUGCUGUCUUGUAGGGCUUCCUCUCUUCCCAGUUCAGUGCUGCUUUGUUGGUCAGUCAGUAGGGCUGGACUGGUGGGUGAAACAGAAGGCUCUUAUAGAGCAUAUAGAAGAUCUGGGCCUAGGCCUCAGACCUAGGCAUACACAUCUCAAAAAUAUGUGGCUAAUCCCAAGCGGCAUUUGAGGGAGGUAGGGGUGAGCAGAGAGAUAUUAGUGGGCUUCUGAACCCUCACCAAACCCUCUAUUCUAAGAAAUGGCAUAAAACACCUGACUGUGUUUCCAGCUCUCCACAAUGGAGAGCACUGUAGUGAGUGAUAGAUACUCAGAUCUCUAUCUAAGGAGCAUAAGGGGAUCAAUCAACUAUAGCUUUGCCAUCUAUAUAACAAACUCUUGAAGAGUUUUAAAAAGAACCAACCACACACACAAACCCUAAUGUAUUGUAUUUUUAUUUAAAAUUUGUAAACAUUUGUAUAAUCUGUAUCUUGUGGUAUUUGGUAUUAGAGGGGAAACUUUGGACUGAGACCUGUUUUUAUAUUUUUGUUAUUUUUCUUGCCAUUUGGUCCAGAUUGCAUUACAGUUGUAUAAAGAAACUUUUGUACUGUACUUACAUAUAAUUUUUUUAACAUUUGGA